UUUUCUCGAUCCUUUGCCGCAACAACCAAGUGAAGGUUGUGACAGACAAAGAGCCGAGCGAAGCGGGAGACAAGACGCCACAGCUACAUCUGAACCAUUCCUGAACAGCAAGACAACAACAACAGCAGAAAUCGGAUCAGCAGCAGCAGAUUUGAGCAAGAACAGUUGUCCUCGUGACCGGGGAGCGGCCACCACAGUGACCCUCCCUGUACUUGCAAACCGAGGCCCAAGGACACCCACCGGUAAUUUCUGUCUGUUGCCCACACAUAGAACCAAGAGAAAACAAAGAAGACAGGGGUUCAGAGACUCAAACAAGCCCAAAACAAAAUUAUUUGGGUUGCUCGGUACUUAAGCCUACACAAAGUGCGUUUGGACCCACACUUGCCCCAGCCAUGUGGAGACUUCGCCAAGCCAAAGCAGCCCAAAGGGCGCAAGAAGAGCAGAAGGCCCAAGAACCUGAAGAACUCAAAAACCUCAAGUCUGCUAUCCAAAACAUGCCAACCGUCACCCAAGAGAAUAUCGACCAACAACUCGAAGCUUGGUACGAUUUCAUGAAGGAGGGCCACAUGGAAGCAGCAGAGGCUGCGGCCGAACUCAAUGAAAUCCUCCGAAAGCAUGGCGACCAAGACAAAAAUGGACCGAUGGUCCUCCUAGUCAACACAGGCAAUGGCAACUUUGAACUUCUCACCUGCAUCCUUACGGCACCGACCAGAGACGACAUCCCAAAUGCGCCCCGAAAUUCGGCCCUCCUAGGGCCGGGCAAAUUCAUCGGAGUACUGGUCGAUCGCACUGAACAUCAAGACACCUGGCUAGUCACCAUUGUAGAUCCCAAGAAUGUGUUUGGCAAGCGCACAGAGAAAUUGGCUCAAUGGGAUGACAUUACCCCACCGAAUGAUGAAGACAAUGGUGUCGGCCUUAAACCCCACGACGAUGCCACUGAGGCAGAGUUCUACCCAUGUCUGUCAAUCUUCGGCAAAGAGGUAUGCGACAUUCUGUACGAAGGCCUCUACCCCGCCAAUAGGACCGAUAGCUCCUCGGUAGCAACAAAAUGGGGCUCUCGAACCAUUGCCCAUCAACUCAAAUCCUGGGUGGACACCAUCGGCCCUGACAGUGUACGCGAUCAGGCCAAACUGUCCCUUCUAGGCCUCUCCACUCAAGUCAAUCAGGCCAAGGAUGCUGCAACCAUAAUGUUCAACCAGACAUCCUGUAAUGCUGAAACCAUGACCGAGCCAUUGCAAGCAUACAUUACACCAAUCGUGGAAUCCCUCUUGCACCCCAAACCAUACCAGGAAGAAGAACGUUCUCAAAAUGGCACCAUUGCAAAUGGAGCCCCAAACAGGAGUGACCCCAGCGCAACUGGUGGCCCUCACUCCGAACCCCUCACAAACGGGGAUCCCUCAAACGGGAAUGGCACCAUCGCAAAUGGAGCCCAAAUCGGCGCUGGCACCAUCGCAAAUGGUGCUCAAAUCGGCGCUGGCACCAUCGCAAAUGGCAGCCAAAACUCUCAACCCCUCACCAAUGAGGGCCCCUCAACCGGGACCGGCACCAUCGCAAAUGGUGCCGCAACUGGACAUGGCACCAUCGCAAAUGGCCGCACAAAAGGAGGACCUGCCUUUCAAGGCUUUGACUAUCCUGAGAAAUUUGUCGAGGACUUAUGCAACAUGCGGUUCACUCACUCUUCCACUGAGAGCUGGUGGACCGGCCUGGUCGGCCAUCAGAUCCGACGCAGCAAAGAGCAGAUCCAAACCCACAAUGAGCUCCACUGCUCAUACAAUGCGGACCGCCUCCAGCUCAACCCAAAUAGCAUUGGCAAGCUGAGUCUUACAGCACCUGUUCCGAUCAAACAUAUGAGCGAGCUCCUAAACUUUCUCCUCCGGGUUCAGUA